AUGGACCGAAUAUUCCUACGUUCGGCUGGUAGGCUCAGGAGUCUCCACUCGGCCUCUCUGCGGCGGCCUGCCUGGGUUUGCUCUUCCUGUCGUCACAAUGGGCUUCUCAGGCCAUCGAGAGCUCGCGCGUAUGCCACCGAGUCUGCAACACAGCCUGCAGCGGAGACUACAUCGGAGACUGCAACGGAGACUACGGGCUCGGUGGGCCAGACCGAAUCAAAACCAUACUAUGUGACGACGCCAAUCUUCUACGUCAAUGCAUCGCCACAUAUUGGUCACUUGUAUACCAUGAUCCUGGCCGAUGUGCUGAAGAGAUGGCAAAAGUUGAAGGGCCGGAAAUCAAUCCUUCUCACGGGCACGGACGAGCAUGGCAUGAAGGUCCAGCAGGCCGCGGAAAACCACGAUACUCCGCCCAAGGAGUGGUGUGACAUCCAGGCCGAGAAGUUCAAGCAGUUGGCAGCCAGGGCGAACCUCGCAAACAACUUCUUCAUCCGGACAACGGAUGAGGAUCAUAAGGAGGCUGUCCGGCACUUUUGGUUCCUGCUCCAGGAGAAGGGCAUGAUUUAUGAGUCAAAGCACGAAGGCUGGUACUGUGUGAGCGACGAGACCUUCUAUCCCGAGUCCAUGCUCGACAGGAAGGUCGACCCGUUGACGGGCGAGGUGUCUUACGCGUCGAUCGAGAGCGGGAACUCUGUGGAAUGGACCGAGGAGAAGAACUACCACUUCCGAAUGUCCGCUUUGAAGGACCAACUUCUCGAGUUCUACAAGCAGAACCCCGACUUCAUCACGCCUAGCUCUCGAAUGCGGGAGGUUGUGCAAUGGGUCCAGAACAACCUGGAGGACUUGUCAAUAUCUCGACCCUCCAGUCGCUUGGACUGGGGCAUCCGCGUGCCGGGUGACGAUACCCAGACCAUCUACGUCUGGGUGGAUGCACUCAUCAACUACUUGACCAAGGCUCGCUUUCCAAACUGGCAACCAGGCCAGGAGACCAUGGGUGGCUGGCCGGCCGAUGUGCACGUUAUAGGGAAGGACAUAGUCCGGUUCCAUGGCGUUUACUGGCCUGCGCUGCUGAUGGCGGUUGGACUGAGCCCACCAAAGAAGCUCCUGACCCAUGCUCAUUGGACAAUGAAUGGCAGGAAGAUGUCCAAGUCCCUGGGGAAUGUCGUCAACCCUUACUAUGCCAUCGACCGGUGGGGCGUCGAUACCAUGAGACUAUUCAUGGUGCUCGACGGCGGGUUUGAGAACGACGCAAACUACGACAACGAGAUCAUCGUACAGAGGUACAAGAAGAUUCUGGCUGGCACUUUCGGCAACCUGCUGAGCCGGGUCACGCGAGGCAAGGCUUGGAAUGUGAGGGAGAGCGUGCAAGCUGCACCGAUAUUGACAGCCUCUCUGCACCAGUCCAAGGUGGGCGAACAGUACAAGGCGGUGUUUGAGGCUCAGAAGGCCAGAGUCGAGUCUCUCUACAGCGAGAUGGACGAAUUGAUGGAGACUCCGAACCCCAGGCGGGCGCUCAUGGCCCUCAUUGAAGUCGGAUUCACGACCAACAGAUUCUUUACGGAAAUGGCCCCGUGGACGAUUGCAAGAGAACUGAAAGAAAAGAGCCCUGAAGAACAAAUGGACGGGAAGGCAUUGAUUGGGCAGACAAUCUACAUCAUGGCCGAGACCAUCCGCAACAUGGGUAUCCUCCUGCAGCCAUACAUGCCUCAAAAGGCAAGGAAUAUGCUGGACACCCUCGGGGUGCCGCACGAGAACAGGACGUUCGAUUUUUGCGGCUUUGGAAAAGAUUCCGAGUACGGGGAGCCCAUGAAGGACCCUGGCAGGACUGCUCAGGAGAGCCUGUUCCCUCCGCUCGAUGUUGAAAAUUAA